AUGGAUGAGUCAAAUUUCAUGAUGGCUUUGCUUAUUCCUGGUCCCGCAUCACCUGGGAAGGAUUUUGAUGUAUUCUUAGAGCCUCUUAUAGAAGAUUUACUUGAGCUUUGGACAGGUGUACGUACUUACGAUGCUCUAAGUGGAACAAAGUUUAACCUUCGUGCUGCAGUUUUAUGGUGCAUCCACGAUUACCCAGCUUUGAGCACUCUUUCAGGGCGUACAACCAAAGGCUAUUUCGCAUGUACUCAUUGUGACAAGCACCCUCUUUCAUACAGACUAAGGAGCAAAAUUGGUUAUUUUGGGCAUUUUCACUUUCUUCCCGUGGGACAUCGUUUGCGUAGAAAUAAUGAAUUUGUUGGCCUUCAUGAAAGCAAUGAUCCCCCAAGUAAAUUCUCUACAGAAGAGUUGAUGGCUGAACUGGAGAGAGUUAAACAUGUCAGGCUUGGAAAGCAUCAAGAAAGUAAGAAAAGGAAGCAUUCUUGUUUGGACAACGAUCAUGUAGUAAUUUGGAGUCGGAUGGUUAGUUUAUGGAAGUUACCAUAUUGGAAUAAUUUGAAACUGAGACAUAAUCUUGAUAUCAUGCAUAUCGAGAAAAACAUAUGUGAGAACAUAAUUGGGACAAUUCUUAAUAUACCUGGGAAGACAAAGGACACAGUUAAAGCUAGACUUGAUCUGAAAGAUUUGGGUAUUAGGAAAGAGCUGCAAUUUAGGGUGAAUGGAGAUUCAUGUGAGAUGCCUCGUGCAAGAUAUACUUUGUCCACAGAACAAAAGAAGGCCUUUUGUGAUUUUUUACGAGAGGUGAAGUUUCCAGAUGGAUUUGCCUCCAACAUAUCAAGAUGUUUAAAUGUUGAGGGAACCAAGUUACAAGGGCUUAAAACACAUGAUUGUCACAUUCUUUUGCAAAGAAUAUUACCAGCUGCUAUGAGAGGGUUUUUGGACAAGGAUAUUUAUGAAGCGUUAGCGGAGUUGGGGAAAUUUUUCAGGGAAUUGUGCAGCAAAACUCUUAACAAGGAUGUGUUGGCUGAAAUGAAGAAAGAAAUCCCAAUAAUUUUGGUGAAGCUUGAGAAAAUAUUUCCCCCGGCUUUCUUUGAUGUGACGGUUCACUUAGCUGUACAUGUACCUGAUGAAGCAUUGCUGCGAGGUCCUGUGCAAUAUGGUUGGAUGUACCCAAUUGAAAGGCGGUUGUAUACUUUAAAGCGCUAUGUGAGGAAUAGGGCGCGGCCGGAACGCUCAAUUGCUGAGGCAUAUAUUGCGGAUGAGUGCUUGACGUUUUGCUCUAGAUACAUGGAUGAUGUUGAAACAAGAUUUAAUCGGGAACCAAGAAAUAAAGGCUUUUCUAAUGAGGAUGCCUAUAGCGUUGAUAUUUUUGGGCAUGGAGUUCAUUUCACCUCUGCACCUGAACUUGUAUUUGAUGAUACUGCCAUUGAUCAAAUGGUGUGGUAUAUUCUAAACAAUUGUAGUCAGGUUGACAAAUAUAUGAGAAUGUAUAUAGAAGAAUUAGAGGGAGCAGGGACACCUAACAUUGAAAGAACAUUGCGGCAAGGAUUUCAGACUUGGUUCAGGAACCAAGUGCUACGGUUGCGGAAUAUGAAUCAAGAAGAGGUUGAUGAUGAUCUAUUUUCAUUAGCUUGUGGUCCUGAUUUAAGAGUUAGAAAAUACUCCUCAUGCAUAGUGAAUGGUGUGCGGUUUAACACCAUCGACCGUGACAAGCAUCGAAAGACACAAAAUUGUGGAGUAAUGACAAGAGGUACACAUAACAACGACGAAAUUGAUUUUUUUGGAACCUUAAGGGAGAUUAUUCAGUUAGAAUAUAACUUUGAUGGGAGAUCAGUAGUUUUGUUUAAAUGUGAUUGGUUUAAACUGGAUGGGAAGAGGACUGAACUUAAAGAUGAUGGUUUCUUUAAAAGCAUCAAUCUUGGAAGUCUAUGGUACAAGAAUGAUUCGUUUAUUUUGGCCACUCAAGCAAGGAACGUCUUCUAUUUACCGGACACAAAGUUCGGCAAAAACUGGUAUGUUGUCCAGUCAUUUGACCAUAGGCAUCUUUACAAUGUGAGUGAAAUUGAAACUGCACAAUAUAAUACUCCUGCAUAUCAAGAAGAUGAGUGUUGUGAAGAGAAUCGUAGCCGAGAAACAGUUUCAGACAUUAUCUAUAACAAGCCUUUAAGUAGAGAUGAUGAACAAGGCCCUAUUUUUGAAGCUGCUGAAAUCACAAAGUUAAUGAAAGGAAAAGGCCUAGAAGUGCAUCAAAGUGAUAGUGAACAAGAAGAAGAUGAUGACACAAUUUUGGAGUAUUGCAGUGAAGCUGAAGAAGGAGCCGCAAAUGAGAUUGAUAGUGACGAUGAAUAGCCAAUUCAGUUUGAUACAAUUUUCAGACCAUUUUCUUGUAAUAUCAUUUGUAAUAUUUAUUUCGAUAGACAGUUAGUAUUUUGUAAUAUUUAGUUGUGACAUUUAUCAGAAUGGACCAUGUUCAAUUCAGAUGUAUCUAUUUUUAAACCACAUUCUGAUGUGGAUUGAAACUUGUAAUGUUUGUUCAGAUGGCAAGUAAGAACAGAAUCUGUACAUGUUUGUUCAGAUGACAAAUUAUU